CAAGUCUCCGUCAACUGCCUAGAGGUCUAGGUGACCACGCUGCUCGAUGCGUAUGUGUCUGCUUCCAUCGACGUAGUCACUCAAUGCUUCUACAACGAGUGCUGCAGAAGCAAACCCUGUGAAUAUCAACAUCAACGAAUAUGUGAUCUACAUACGACAUGACUUGAUGCUUAUCCCAAGCCCGCGCGGUCAACAUUCAAGCGAAAGCCUUUAAUCACACAGUCUCCCCGUUACAGUCGCAGAAACAAGAUGUUCGACCCUCAAGCGGCCGUGGAUGACCUCCGUAAUGGUUGGGCUCACCCUACUGUCGUCUUUCCGAUCCUCCUCCUGGCUGGCUCCGGUAUCGUUCAGAAGGCUCUUGCGCAGCUAGCUGGUGGCCUCAUGUCUCCUGUUGCCUUUUCGUUUGGUUGGGUCGCUUAUGCAUUCUCUGCUCUCCUUUCCGUUGGCCGUGGGAAUCUCAUGCCCUCCGACUCAAACUGCUUGGUGAUCAAUGCGAAGACUGGAUAUUCGCGUGUGUGCAAUAGAUGGAUUCUCAACAGGAUAUUGGACGAUUAUGUACACUGGAUGGAUCCAAGGGUGCUUAUUCAGAUGUCGCAGGUCCAAGAGGAACUCAAGAUUCAUGAACAACAUAAGCUCUGGAAGCGAGAACCUCAAGCUGUUCCCGGCCCAUCUGCAGAUUUCCGUCCUCGUGUUGGACUGUGUGUAUCGAUUUACGAAGCAGGAUUUAACCCCGAGGCUGGUAGACCUGCUCUAGACUUUCUGUUCUACUCAGGAUUCUGCACGACUUUCGUACAACUCGGAAUUGCUGCCAUACCAGUCGGCAUCUACGGAGACUGGUCAAUCAUUUUGAUUACUGCAAUUGGUACUGUGUUGUCAUAUGCUACAGGCUCUCUCCCACAGUGGAAGGAUGAGAAAUGGGCAUGCAGGCGCCACUCCCGGAAGACAGUCAUUCUCACCAAAGGCAAUGGAGCGCAGCACGCGAUUGUUGUAUUUGGCAACGGCCAUGGUCUAGAUCUAGAAGAUCUUGCCGCACCGAACGAUUUCCCACGAGGAAGCUUCGAUGCAACCUCCAUCGCCUUAGUGGCGUUUGCAUUUCUUUGGUCCGCCCUCUUGAUCACCGUGGCAGGAAAAACGCACGACGUUUGGUAUCUGAUGGCUGUGUGUGCCCUAGGUACGAUGCAGAACGUCUUGGUGGCGAGCUGGCACCGUCAUCCAAGUGCAUAUGGGAUACAUCUGAACUUUGUCGAGGUCAUCGCGCGACGCAAAGUCAUGGACACACUUUUCGAUGUUGAAGAGAAGUAUACACAAGUAGGGAGAAGUAUGCUCGACGUCUUUUUCCCAGGGAAGUUACGACCAGAAGAGAAUCGGAGGUGGGAUGAGCUGCGUGAAAAGGCAGAAGUCCAUGACUCGGAGAAGUCAAGGCAGCGACCACAUGAGGUCGGCGGGCGUGUAACACUUCCAUCCGCGUCAAUCCCUGCGGGGGCCGGUGAACCCUGAAGCUGACUUUCGGGAUUCUUUCAAUUUGAGUUGCUCGAGCAAUGUUCGAUGCUAUUAUGAUCUAGCUAUUUGGUGGAACGUCAAAAGGUUUAUCCUAUUCCCUGCCACCUUUCCACCUUCGGCAUGUCAAGACUGAAUUUCUUUUCAUUUCUCAGUAUCCUCGAUAUUCUCUUCAGGACCAUUC